AUGACAUCAACGUCGAAGUCAACCUCGACAGCGACGGUACCCCGGUCGACACGGCCGACGCACGACAGCAGCGGGGCGCUAUUGCCGGCGAUCCUCUGCCUGCACGGCGGCGGGUCGAACGCGACGGUAUUCAAGAUCCAGGCACGACGGUUGAUUUGGACGCUGGAGAAACAGUUCCGAUUCGUGUUCGCCGAGGCGGAGAUCGAGGGCACGCCCGGGUUCGGGAUGCUGCCGGUGUUCGCGUCGUGCGCGCCCUUCUACCGCUGGGUGAGCCGGCGGUUCGUGGCGGGCGAGAGCGAGGUGGAAGCGACGCCUGGCGACGAAGCGGCCGCGGUGGACGAGGCGUUGCGGCGAGUCAUGGAGGCCAACGGCGGAGUCGACUCGUUCAAGGCCGUGCUGGGCUUCAGCCAGGGCGCGCGGCUGGCGGCUGGCCUGUUGCUGCGGCAGAAGAUCGAGGAGCGCGACCUCGGCCGGAGUCAAUGGAACUUUGCGUUCGGCGUCAUGUUGGGCGGCCCGUACCCGCCCAUCGCCCUCUCCGAGCACGUCGACCCGGCCGAUUACGCCCUUCUCCCGACCGUGCCGACCGUGCAUGCUUGGGGCCGCGAUGACCACGUCAGGGAUGGCUGUGCCGCUCUCGUCAAGCUGUUCGACAGCGACCAUUGCUUCUCCAUGCAGUACGACGGCGGUCAUCAUCUGCCCUUGAAGGACGUCGAGGCCAAAGACCUGUGUGAUUUGAUCAUGGCCGCCUGGUAUGCUGGGGGAGGCCGGUUUGAUAUUGCCGCAGACGAGAGGUACUAG